GGGCCAAGGAGGAGGAAAACAUUAGAAAACUUUGUUAGCUCGUCGCUCACUUAGAAGGCUGCAAAGAUGAAGUCAGCGACAUGUGACAGCCUAGGCAUCUCCACGGACUGAACCCUGUUCUCUGUUAAUCAUAGAGGAUUUCAUAAUGCUUGAAUAUUAAGUUUCCUCUGGACAUUUAUCCGUAGUGCCAAGACGGCGAGGCUGCUAGCUAAUGUCAUUGAAGCUAACGUCGCUGACGCGGAGGAUUCUCUUAAAUCAGGAUGGAGUGUCAUGAAGAUGAUGAUGAGAACCCACUUCAGUGGACCACUGCAAUGGUGAUGAACAGCAAGAGUAACCUGAAAGCACGAGUGCAGCAGUUUGUUGAGGACAGGACGCAAACCACCAUGCUUACAGGUGUCUUGAUAGGAGCUGCUAUCACUAUGUCGUUGAUUGGGAUUGUGGUGCUUUUCCUUUACAGGAAAUUCAAACUUGCCCGUGAACAGCGGGCUGGUGUGCCUCAAUAUCGCUUUAGAAAACGAGAUAAAGUGCUCUUCUAUGGAAGGAAGAUAAUGCGAAAGGUCCAGACACUUUCUUCAACUCCUUCUCCCUCUACUACCUCAGUAUCAAAGCAACCACGCAUACGUAAAAGAACCAAAGUUCUGAACAUAGCUCACAAAAUCUUAAGGAUCCGUAAAGACCCUCCCACUUUACAGCCUAAGGAACCCCCUCCCUCCUUGCUAGAGGCCGACUUGACAGAGUUUGAUGUGCAGAGCUCAAACCUGCCCUCAGAAGUCCUUUAUAUGUUAAAAAAUGUCAGGGUUUUGGGCCAUUUUGAGAAGCCAUUGUUUCUGGAGUUAUGUCGCCACAUGGUGUUGAUAGAGCUGCAGGAGGGGGAAAGUCUGUUCAGACCAGGAGAUGAUGACGACAGCAUCUAUGUGGUCCAAGAUGGUCGACUUGAGCUCUGCAUACAAGAGAAUGAUGGUACAGAACCAGUGGUGAAAGAUGUGCUCCCAGGAGACAGUGUCCACAGCCUGCUCAGUAUUCUGGACAUCAUCACUGGUUAUCCAGCUCCAUACAAGACUGUGUCAACUCGGGCAGCAACUCGCUCCACCAUCUUACGUUUACCAGCAACAGCAUUUGAGUCAGUUUUUAGGAAAUACCCAGAGACACUUGUGCGUGUAAUUCAGAUAAUAAUGGUGCGUCUCCAGAGAGUGACCUUUUUGGCCUUGCAUAACUAUCUUGGCUUAACAACUGAGCUCUUCAAUCCGGUGGGCCAAGCUGUGCCUUUGUCCAAUAUAAACAAUGUGAUGGCUGAAGCAAGUUCUGGAAAGAAUAUUCGCCGUCUCCAUUUCCAGGAUGAGUUACCCGUUGGGACCACAGAGAGCAGUGCAGAACCAGAUGGUGCAAAGGACAGUCCUUCAAGCAGCUACAGGAGGGUGCGAUCCAUCUCAGCACCUAUCGACAGCACAGUGACAGGAAAUGACCUGAACAUGGCUUGUGAACGAGCUCGAGUCACUAUGGAGGAAGCUCCAUCCAGUCCUGUCACUCACAAAUCCAAUCUGAAAAAGAAUGUGACAAUGCAGCCCAUCCCUUCUGAAGUGUUUCACUAUACUGACAGUGGAAGGCAGUCUGAUGCGAUCCACCUUAGUAAGAGCAACACAAUCCUCCAGGCUGCUAAGAAGGACCUGCUGAGAAUCAUCCAGCUGCAGGACCCCAGUCUACUUGAAGGAAGGGUGACACUUCAUCAUGUGAAAGCUGGCUCUGUUGUAGCUCGUCAGGGAGACCAGGAGGUGAGCAUCCAGUUUGUGAUUUCAGGCCUUCUCCAUGUUUACCAGCGGAUGAUUGACCGUGGAGAAGAGACUUGUCUGUUUGUGACACAUCCCGGAGAGCUUGUUGGUCAACUUGCUGUGCUGACAGGAGAGCCCCUCAUAUUCACUGUUAGAGCCCAGCGAGACUGCAGCUUCCUCUCUAUUUCAAAAUCCCACUUCUAUGAGAUAAUGCGUGUGGAGCCAAAAGUUGUCCUGAAUGUUGCUCACACAGUGUCGAGGAGGAUGUCAUCAUUUGUCAGACAGAUAGACUUUGCUCUGGACUGGAUGGCUGUGGAAGCUGGGAGGGCCGUUUACAGGCAGGGAGAAAAAUCGGACAGCACUUUUAUAGUGCUUAGUGGUCGACUGCGAUCUGUUAUCAUGAAGGAGGAUGGAAAGAAAGAGCUUAUUGGAGAGUAUGGACGUGGCGACCUGAUUGGAGUGGUGGAGGCCCUAACCCACCAGAACAGAGCGACCACUGUCCACGCUGUAAGAGACUCUGAACUGGCCAAGCUACCAGAGGGAGCUCUCAGUUCCAUCAAGAGGAAGUUCCCACAGGUCGUCACUAGGUUGAUUCAUUUACUGGGUCAGAAGAUCCUUCAGCAGGUCAAUGGUCCUCUGACAGCUCGUACUUUGGCCCUCAACACUCCAGGAAGCAAGUGGGAUGCUGGGAAUCAAGCCUCCAAUCUGUCCACUGUGGCAGUCCUGCCAGUAUCAGAGGAGGUGCCUUUGACUGCCUUCACUCUGGAGCUGCAGCAUGCACUCGUUGCUAUAGGACCCAUACUUCUGCUGACCAGUGGUAUUAUCAAACAGAGACUUGGAGCUGCAGCACUAGACAGUGUCCAUGAGUACCGUUUAUCCAGCUGGCUGGGUCAACAAGAAGACAUCCAUCGUAUAGUUCUUUACCAGACUGACUACACACUGACCCCAUGGACACAACGAUGCAUCCGUCAGGCUGACUGCAUCAUUAUCGUGGGACUAGGGGAGCAGGACCCUGCAGUCGGGGAGCUUGAGCGUAUGCUGGAAGGAAGUGCAGUGCGUGCCCAGAAGCAGCUGGUGCUGCUGCACAGAGAAGACGGCCCACCACCCCAAGGGACUGUGGAGUGGCUCAACAUGCGGAGCUGGAUCUCUCGGCACCUACACCUCUCUUGUCCACGAAGGGUCUUCUCCAAAAGGAGUCUGCCAAAGCUGAUGGAGCUCUAUCAACGUGUAUUUGAAAAGCCAGCAGACCGCCACUCUGACUUCUCACGUCUGGCUCGCGUUCUCACAGGGAAUGGCAUUGCUCUUAUCCUUGGAGGAGGGGGUGCCAGGGGUUGCUCGCAGGUGGGCAUACUGAGAGCGCUCUCUGAGGCUGGCAUCCCAGUGGACCUAAUUGGCGGGACCUCAAUCGGGUCUCUGAUGGGGGCGUUAUACGCUAAAGAUCGUAGCUACAGUCGCAUGAGGAUAAGGGCCAGAGAGUGGGCAAUGGAAAUGACUUCAGUGUUUAAGAAGGUUCUGGAUUUGACAUAUCCAGUUACUUCCAUGUUUUCUGGGGCUGCCUUCAACUCAAGCAUCAACAAUGUUUUCAACAGCAAACAGAUUGAGGACCUUUGGAUCCCAUAUUUUAAUAUCACUACAGACAUCACUGCUUCAGCCAUGAGAGUACAUACGGAUGGGUCUCUAUGGCGAUAUGUUCGUGCCAGCAUGUCUCUAUCAGGAUAUCUGCCUCCUCUCUGUGACCCCAAAGAUGGACACCUCCUGAUGGAUGGAGGCUACAUCAACAACCUUCCUGCUGAUGUUGCACGGUCCAUGGGAGCCAAGGUGGUGAUAGCGAUUGACGUGGGCAGCCGAGAUGAAACCAACCUCACUAACUAUGGGGACUCGCUCUCUGGGUGGUGGCUGCUAUGGAAACGCCUCAACCCCCUGGCUGAGAAAGUGAAGGUGUUGAACAUGGCAGAGAUUCAGACUCGGCUGGCCUAUGUUUGCUGUGUGAGGCAUCUUGAAUCUGUCAAGAACAGUGACUACUGCGAGUAUAUCAGACCUCCCAUCGACAAAUAUCGUACUCUGGAGUUUGGCAAAUUUGAUGAGAUUGCUGAAGUGGGAUACCAGCAUGGCAAGACUGUGUUUGAUGUCUGGAGACGCAGUGGUGUCAUCGACAAAAUGUUGAAAGACAGACACCAAGAGGAGUUCCCCAACACUCAAAACAAAAACAAUGUGGUGACUUGUCCCAACGCUUCCUUCACUGACUUGGCAGAAAUCGUGUCCCGCAUUGAGCCAGUUAAACCUGUUCUGGUGAACGAGGAGUCAGACUACCACACUGACUAUGAAGAGGAGGCUUUGGAAAGUGCUUUGUCAGACAUGGAGAUGUACAGUCACUAUGGAGAGCACACUGAAGGGGAGGAGACUGCUGACACGGAUGAAGAGCUGGAGGGUAAACAUGAACUGUCUGCGACUUCCCUCAGCAGCUAUCACCUUUCAGCUAUUUCCAACAAAACACCAGAGGACGUGACAGACCAGCAAUAACACCAGCAAGUCCCUCAAGCUAAAUAGAAGCACACAGAAAGUACCCAGCAUUUGUGAAGUCAUAGGUCAUCCAACAGCUGUGAACCUAAUUAUUUCUCAUAUUGAGAUAGUUGAGAUUUAAAGCUUUACAUGAAUCACACUUGAAGGGAUGAGACAUUAAUGUGAGGGAUUGUGGUCCAUAACAAAAGCGCUGGGUUCCUUGACUGAUGAGACACCUUAACUGUCAGGACUUUUGUUUUAGUGUCAAACACAGACUGAACAGCAGCCCAUUUAAAGUUGAACUGUCUGUAGACUUUUGAUUUCCAAUUAUGAUUUAUAUAGGCUAACUUAACUAUAGUUAAAAAAAGAAUUAUAUAAAAAAAAAUACAAAACAUGUAUACUAUUCAACGAAAGCCUAGUUGAUUAUAUGCAAAAGUCACAAAUUUGGCAAUCAUUCCAAAAUGAAGUUAAAUGCACAACUGCCAGAAUCAUGAUGUGGCUUCAUGUCAUAUUUACACUAUAUUACAUAUAUAUAAUACUAUAGAUCUGAAUCAUAACUUUGGCUGGAGCCAUUUAUUUUUCAAUAUCAGUUACUGUGAUUAUUUUUUGUGUGGCAACUAAUACACUAAUUCUAUUUUUGAUGAAACAUCAAAAAAUAGAUAAAAUGUAGAUCAUACAAUUCUAGCGGUACAUUUUUUUUUUUUUUCGUCUGACCAGCAGUCAAAGACCCAAAGAUAAUGAUAUUAUUUUAAUUUUGAGAGAAGAAAACCAAACAAAUAUAGUGGGAUUGCUAAGAAGAUAAUAAAAGAUACUAAAUGCAAAUGAGUGUUAAUCUGUACAGCAGAAACUGAUUACUUAACAAAUAAGUUGUGACUAGCAUCCACUGUUACUUCUCUGUACUGAUUGUUGGGAGAAAAAAAAAACAACAGUUACUGUAUAUUAUCUAUCCCCAAGUUUAAUAUUUUUGUUUCUAAAGUUUAUUUAGCAUAUAUAUAAACUAAACUGAUAUCAGCAAACCCGUCAGGAUCUCUUCAACACUUUUGUUAUAAAUCUUUGUGAUUUUACAGGGUCUUGUUACCACAAGUUAUAACUCCCUGUAACACUGUAACUGUGUAUUUACCAUCAUAUAUACUGGUGCAGUACCUGCGGCCUUUGUAGACGCUAAAUAAAAACCUAAUCAUGAAGGGAAAUUAUAAUAAGGUGUUUGACAAUUACACAGUUUUUUUUUUCUUUUAAAUAAAUAACACAAGCACAAUUAGUAAUCUGACAGACUGAAUGUUUUGCUACUUUAUUAAAUAGGAAAUGGUGAGGGGUGAAAUAGUGCCAUGAUGUUAAAGUUUGAAAACAAAAGCCUUAGAUUCCUAUGUACAAGAAAUAAAGGACCCCCCCCCCCCACUGCUGCCUGUAUUUGACACUUGUUUGAAAUAUUCGGAAUUCAGAAAUUACCACUAAGUCUGUAACUUGAGAUCAUAUGUUUAUUUUUGUGAUUAGAUCUUAUUAAUAUACAACUGUUUGUUGUUGUUUGUAUUAUCCUGUUUACCACAGGCAUUGUACUUAAAUAGGACUGUGAUGGAUUAUUUUGGACUACAAUUAAAAAUGUUUAA